AUGUCCCAAUCAUCCAGCACCCUCCCUCCAGAGCUCUGGAUUGACAUCUUUCGCUACGCCACACACUCCCCUAAGCUUUACUCUGCUGAUUACCACCCAUUCGAAACUUCUCCAUGGGAAGACCAGACCCCCAGCGACACACUCGCACUCAAAUACUCCAUAGCGCUUGUCUGCAGACUCUGGAGAGCCCUCAGCAUCCAGAUGCUCUACGAGGACGUUCAGAUCGGAGAGAAAGCAAGCACGCUACAACAUACCCUAGAGUCUGAUGACUCCUCGGACGACGAGAGCGCCCCGAAGGUCGGCGGAUGGAUUCGUCGAGCUUGCCUCCCUUACACCCAAUCCGCCACACCCACUCCCAAAUCCAUGCCAUGCCUCGACAUCCUUCGCCACUGUCCUCAUCUCCAAGUCCUCGUCCGCCCGCCUCUGGGUUGGGACAAAUCCUUUUCCCUUCGCUACGAGUAUCCAGCCAGCCCACCGCCACGACUUCCUUCCGUCAAGCGUCUCGACUGGUGGCACAACGACAGCGCUUCCAGCUCUGGAGGCAUCAACUCGUUAGACGAGACCCUCCUUAGCCUCCCACAACUCGAGUACCUCUCACUCGCCGGCGACAUGGGCUUCACAUCUCUCCGGCAGACGCGCAUCACGCUUCCCUUACUCCACGUCCUCGACCUCAGACGCAUCAACCCUAUCUUCGUCCGUCAGGUCUGCUACUGGUCGUUGCCAUCGCUAGCCCAAGUCAUCGUAGACGCACCGCCGCGAGCGGAAUGUUUGGAGGCGAUAUGGAGUACCUUCGGGUCUACCAUCAAGGAGGUCGAGUUCGGGAAGCAUAUGCGGUACAUGGUGGAGGAUUACGUCUCGCAGUGCUUGGAGCUGUGCCCGGAGGUUCACACUCUCGACUACCACGUCCUCUUCACCACCCCUCCCCACCCGUCUAACGCCCACGUCUAUUCGUCACUGAAGCGUGUCGGUCUGAACGCGGCGCACAAUCUCAGCCUCUGCGCUAAUCGAAACGACCCGCAAGGACUCGGACACAUCGCAGAGCAUAUCGCUUCGUUCACCCGUGAGGCAUUCCCGGAACUGAAGGAGUUCGUGCUGUAUGGCGAUGAGUGGGAUGAGCUUAGUGAGGCGGUCGGGUUUCACCUUCUCGAGGAGAUGGUGAAAGCUCAGGGAAGGGUCUUCGUCUUCGCAUAG